AUGUUGUGGAGUGUUUUGGUUCUUGCCGGCGUCACGGCUGACCUAUGGACUGAAACGGAGCGAAUCAGCGAUUUACAACAAUGGCAUGCCUUGUGUGGUCGCUACACUGUCGCAAAGGCCUAUAUGGAAGAUAGCAACGCCAGGAUCACGGUAUUCGCUCCGGUCGAUGACGUCUUCACCUACAAUCCAGAUAUUCGAGCUCUUGAUCAAAAGGAGACUCUCAGUCAUAUCGUGGAUACCCAAGUGGUGGAAAUUUCCCAAGGAAAGCGAUGGGAGAAGCAGACGCUUAUUCGAUCAACGAUCAACAGCGGUUAUAUGUAUAUAACACAGUUCGAGAACAAUCCUGGAAAUUUUUCCUACUUCGCCAAUGCCGGAAUGCUGUGCAAUCAUGCAUCAAACCAGUGGGGAAUGAUCUCUGGUGAACAGUACCUCUACAAAAUCUGCACUCCAAUCGGACAUCGACCCUAUCCCGGAACGACGCUGUCAUUUAUUCGAGACUCUGAUCAGACGCUGUUUGUCGAUCGACAGUAUAACAAUAACGAUCUCUCAGAACUUCGCGAUAUUCUGAAUCGAGUUCCAGACAUCGCUCUGGUCAUUUACGGUAGUUCUGCAUGGAACGGCUUCCACACAUUCUUCCUUCCAAAUGAUAAAGCAUUCGCCAAGGUUAUCGAUCGACAGCGAAUCGAUCGUGAGGUUUUACUGGCACAUGUGACUGGAAUGAAUCGAGUACUGUUCACGUAUGCAUGGAUGUACGACGGUGGUAUCCACUACUAUCCGUCUGUUAGGUUCUCUUCGAAUAUUAUCGAAGACAACUUCAAAUUGAAACUCUCAAUGCGAAACAUAACUGAUCGGCGGACAGGACGGUGGGAUUUGUACGCUGUCUCUGAAGUUUACGAACGCUAUUCACAAUUCCGAAGAGGAGCUGUGUGGGCGAAAAUACUCGUACCAAAUAUUCCCGUACAAAAUGGGGUCGUUCAUAUCGUGGACAAUGUGCUUGGGAUCGUUUCGAACACCAUCGACCAGCUUCUAAUGGACAAUUAUCGAUGUACGACGUUGAUGCGUUAUAUCAAUACAAUCGGGCAGAUUGUAAGGAACUAUUUUUCGGCUACUGGCGGUCUGGUGACAUUUUUUGCACCCGUCAAUGAAGCCUUCGAACGAAUUCCUGAGCAAAUCGAACGGCGACUGCUGAGAGACCGAAUAUGGCUUGAACAGGUUCUCAAAUUGCACAUUGUACCAGCUAAGGAGUUAACGUCGGAUGAGAUAACCAAUGACACCAUCGUUUCCACUGUCGACAACAUCCGCCAACUCUACUUUAUCAAAGGAGAAUGGCCAAAGAAUAAUAUUACGUACUAUGUGAUCGGUGGAGGUAUCAAAACGGCAAUUUUCCAAGAUAAUGUGGCCGCCACGAACGGUAUAGUCCACUAUAUUGAGCGGGUUCUCGGCGUCCCGUAUCAAUCGCUGUGGGAAAUAAUCAGGAACGAGACGCGAUUACAGAGAUCGUUCGAAAUGUUGAGACACCUUCAGCUACGCUAUUCACUCGAUCCAUGGCAGGUGCUGACUCCAGAGCAGAAUUUUACAUUCUUUGUGCCCACCAACGAAGCUUGGGACUUGAAGGUUGCACCAUCGCUACGAGCUCGUAUGACCGACGGUAAUCAUUGGUUAGCGCUACAGUAUGUGUACAAGCGGCACAUAAUUCAAGGACAGGCUUUAAUGUACACUGACCUCCGUGAACGUACCUAUGUAAUGAUGAACGAUGAGAAGGUGGUGAUCAGGCGACGUGGACGAUAUUUCGAACUCUACUGGCCUCGUGGUGGUCGGGUUGCUCGAGUUAUUGAAGGGGGAGAGAUAGCUGGUAUCAAUGGUUUUAUGCACAUGAUCGAGGACGUGCUCAUCUACGAACCCGAUCUUCGUGCUCACGGUGGUUAUGUGGAAGUGUUAAGCUGGCAAUUGAUGUUUGUACUAGUGUUUAUGCUGUGGAAGCCUGGUGGCUUGUCAUAA